GGAUAUGCUUUAAAUAUAACUAUAUAAGGUCGUGUAUGCCACUUUUUCCUCCUUGUCCCGAGGUCCUCUCUCUCUUGUAUUACUUUCUCGCUCUACCAUGGAUCCUUACAGGUAUCGCCCAUCAAGUGCUUACAACUCUCCAUAUUUCACUACAAACUCUGGUGCUCCUGUUUGGAAUAACAAUUCAUCUCUUACCGUUGGAUCAAGAGGCCCAAUUCUCCUCGAGGAUUAUCAUUUGGUGGAAAAACUUGCCAAUUUUGAUAGGGAACGCAUCCCAGAACGAGUUGUUCAUGCCAGAGGAGCUAGUGCAAAAGGGUUUUUUGAAGUCACUCAUGAUGUUUCUCACCUCACAUGUGCUGAUUUUCUUCGUGCCCCUGGUGUUCAGACCCCUGUCAUUGUUAGGUUUUCCACUGUCAUACACGAGCGUGGGAGCCCUGAAACACUGAGGGACCCUCGAGGUUUUGCUGUGAAGUUCUACACUAGAGAGGGUAACUUUGAUCUGGUGGGGAAUAAUUUCCCAGUAUUCUUCAUCCGUGAUGGGAUGAAAUUCCCUGACAUGGUCCAUGCUCUUAAACCCAAUCCUAAGUCCCAUAUCCAGGAGGACUGGAGGAUCCUUGACUUUUUCUCCCACCACCCAGAAAGCUUGCACAUGUUCUCUUUCCUCUUCGACGACGUGGGUGUUCCACAGGAUUACAGGCAUAUGGAAGGUUCUGGCGUUAAUACAUAUACACUGGUUGACAGAGCUGGUAAAGCACAUUAUGUGAAGUUUCACUGGAAACCCACUUGUGGAGUGAAGUGUUUGUUGGAGGAAGAGGCAAUCAAGGUUGUUGGAUCAAAUCACAGCCAUGCCACUAAAGAUCUUUAUGACUCAAUUGCAGCUGGCAACUACCCUGAGUGGAAGCUUUUCAUCCAGACUAUUGAUCCUGACCAUGAAGACAGAUUUGACUUUGAUCCACUUGAUGUGACCAAGACUUGGCCUGAGGACAUCUUGCCUUUGCAGCCAGUGGGCCGCUUGGUGUUAAACAAGAAUAUUGAUAACUUCUUUGCUGAGAAUGAGCAGCUUGCUUUCUGCCCUGCUAUUAUUGUCCCGGGUAUAUACUAUUCGGAUGACAAGUUACUCCAAACUAGAAUCUUCUCCUACGCUGAUACUCAGAGACACCGACUUGGGCCAAACUAUCUACAGCUUCCUGCAAAUGCUCCCAAGUGUGCUCAUCACAACAAUCACCAUGAAGGUUUCAUGAACUUCAUGCACAGGGAUGAGGAGGUCAACUACUUCCCUUCAAGGUUCGACCCUGUACAUCAUGCUGAGAGGUUCCCCAUCCCUCUUCCUAUUCAUACCGGCAAGCGCGAGAAGUGUAUCAUUGAGAAGGAGAACAAUUUCAAGCAGCCUGGGGAGAGAUACCGCUCCUUCGCCCCAGACAGGCAAGAGCGCUACAUCUGCCGAUGGGUUGCAGCUUUAUCUGACCCAAGAGUCACCCAUGAGAUACGCACUAUUUGGAUCUCAUACUGGUCUCAGGCUGACAGGUCCCUGGGUCAGAAGCUCGCCUCUCGUCUCAACACGAGGCCGAGUAUGUGAAGGUAAAGCCCGCGUAUGAAAGGUGUUUCAGGAGCAAAGAGGAAGCAAGACGGUGAGAGGAUAUCAAUUUAGUCCAGCAGUGACAUGAAUUAUCUGUGAUUACUGUCCCUUUUGUGUUCUAAAUUAAAUAAUUUGUUGUUUGACUUGAAUGUACCAGCAGAAUGGUAAACAGCUUCUAAUAAGAUGCAAUGUCUUGUGCAAGUUAUACACAGAAUUGAUUUACUUGCCAUUAAUUUAUAAUCUUGUCAAGCUUGUAUCAACAAAGGCAUUGCCUAUAAUAUUUUGCCCACUUGUACUUUAACCAUUAAAUGCAGUGGUCUUAAAUCCUUUUUGAUGGUGUAAA